UUGCUGAAGGUGCCAAUGGACCCACAACUCCUGAUGCUGACAAGGUCUUCCUGCAGAACAACGUCAUGGUUAUUCCUGACAUGUAUCUGAAUGCUGGUGGUGUGACUGUGUCUUAUUUCGAGUGGUUGAAGAAUCUGAACCAUGUCAGUUAUGGCCGACUCACCUUCAAAUACGAGAGAGACUCCAACUACCACCUGCUCAUGUCGGUGCAGGAGAGUUUAGAGCGGAAGUUUGGGAAACAAGGAGGACCCAUCCCCAUCGUGCCCACCGCUGACUUCCAGGCUCGAGUCGCUGGUGCGUCAGAGAAGGACAUUGUUCACUCAGGUUUGGCCUACACCAUGGAGCGAUCUGCCCGGCAAAUCAUGCGCACGGCCAGUAAGUACAACCUGGGCCUGGACCUGAGGACGGCUGCCUACGUCAACGCCAUCGAGAAGGUCUUUAAAGUGUACAACGAGGCUGGACUCACCUUCACAUAGACCUGAUCCGUCAGAUCGUUUACGCCACAUCGUUCUGCUCAUAUCCUGUUUAUGUUUAGUCCCGGGCUGCGUCCUCGUUCAUAGUUUAUUUAGUCCUGUUCCCUGUGCGCAUGCAUCCACUGUUCUACAGAUGCCUUAUAUCAGGGCUGCUCUGAGAGAGACACAGCCACUUUAACUGCAUUUCAUUAAAGGGAUUUAUUAGAUUUAUUAAAAAACAAAUUGUAAUGAUUAAAAAUAAUUGUUGUAGUUGUUCGUAGCUUCAGAUUUGGAUCAGUUCAAACUUGAGCUGGUUCUGCAACAGCUUUUUCUUUGUAACCGUCCAGUUCCUUCACAAAGUUGUUUAUCAAUAAAUUACUGUAUUUUUAUUUUCAUUGUUUUUCAAAACCAAUAAAAUAUUAAU